AGAUUUAUAAAUACAUGCAGAAAUUGGUUUAUUUUUAACAUCAUAGGUUUCUUAUUUAUAUAGUAGGAUUUAACUUAAUUUGUGUAAAGUUAAGACAUGCUUUGGUACAACAGUCGUUAACUUAACAAUAUGCCGAAUAAGACAAAAAAGGAAAAAGGAGAUAAGGGUUUGGCUAAAGGAUCAAGUGCAUCAAAAUCUAGGGAGGAGGAAGAAAGAAAGCCGGGUGGUCACAGCAAUCCCAGUGGACCUCCAGUAACUCAGCUGAUUAAAGUGAAGCAUGCACCAGGUGUGCCUCUGGUCAAAAAGGAAAAGCGACAAAGUUCCUCAAGGUUUAAUGUGUCAAAAAAUCGGGAGUUAGUGAAGAUGCCAGCACUUAAAGAUGCCGCCCCAAACGACGUUGAAAGUUUAUUCACACGAAAGUUGCAACAAUGUUGCGUCGUGUUCGACUUCAUUACCGACCCGCUUAGUGACCUCAAGUGGAAAGAAAUAAAGCGAGGAGCAUUAAACGAGAUGGUGGAAUAUGUCACACACAACCGGGGAGUGAUAACUGAACCAAUAUAUCCUGAAGCUGUACAUAUGUUUGCAGUGAACACGUUCCGAUCCCUCCCCCCUUCCACCAAUCCAUCGGGAGCUGAGUUUGACCCUGAGGAAGAUGAACCAACAUUGGAAGCUUCUUGGCCGCAUAUACAGCUUAUUUAUGAAUUCUUUCUACGCUUUUUGGAAUCUCCUGACUUCCAACCUCAUGUAGCCAAGAAAUAUAUUGACCAGAAGUUUGUUCUUGAGUUGUUGAACCUGUUUGAUAGCGAGGAUCCUCGUGAACGAGAUUUCCUCAAGACAACUCUGCAUCGGAUAUAUGGGAAGUUCCUUGGUCUGCGUGCUCACAUUCGCAAGCAUAUCAAUAACAUAUUUUAUAAAUUCAUUUAUGAAACAGAGAGACACAAUGGAAUUGCUGAACUUUUGGAAAUCUUAGGAAGCAUCAUUAAUGGCUUUGCUCUCCCAUUGAAAGAAGAACACAAAGUAUUCCUUGUGCAAGUUCUCAUCCCUUUACAUAAAGCUCGCUCCCUAACAGUUUAUCAUCCUCAGCUCGCAUACUGCGUUGUUCAGUUCUUGGAAAAAGAUUCUUCGUUAACAAAACCUGUCAUUGAUGGUUUGCUUAAAUUCUGGCCCAAAGUCCACAGUCCAAAGGAAGUUAUGUUUCUCAAUGAACUUGAGGAGAUAUUGGAUGUAAUUGAACCAUCAGAGUUCACCAAAAUAAUGGUCCCAUUGUUUAAGAAGCUUGCUCUGUGUGUAUCAAGCGCACACUUUCAGGUUGCAGAGCGAGCUUUAUAUUAUUGGAACAACGAAUACAUCAUGAGUUUAGUGAGUGACAACACUGCAAUUAUUCUCCCAAUAAUUUUUCCAGCUCUAUACAAGAACUCCAAGACACAUUGGAACAAAACAAUCCAUGGCUUAAUCUACAAUGCACUCAAGAUCUUCAUGGAAAUGAACCAGAAACUAUUUGAUGAAUGCACACAGAAGUAUAAGAUGGACAAGCAAAAGGAGAAGCAAAGAUUGAAAGAAAGAGAAGAACUUUGGACAAAACUUCAGGAUCUUGCAAUGAAACGACCAUUGUCGAAGCAGUUUCUGCAGCAAACGAAGUCUCUCACAUUGAGUAACAUGGAAGCUGGUGAUGCGUCUGUCACACAGGUUGAUACAUCACCUGUUGCCAUGGAUACGGACUCGAUUGAGGUUGAUUUGCAACCGUCGCAUGUUGUGAAGGAAGCUGAAGAGGUAAAAAAGAAGAACAGGGCUGCUAACCUUGUGCGUCGUAAGUCAGAGUUGCCACAAGACAUGUACACCACCAAGGCCCUUGCUUCUUACAAAAGGCCAGAAGAUCAUUUAACCACAAACUCGGAAAACUCAUGAACGCUUGACCCUUAGACAAUACUGGCCCAUAGAAGAUCUUCAUGUUCAUAUUUAUCUCAAUAUGAAGUUUGUCUGUUUCUCUGUGGGGCUUCUUAAUUUUGCACCCUAGCUCUUUGUUUGGGAUCUCUACAUGCCACAACAUGUAACCGUCCUUUUCAAGCAAAAUUCGCCUGAAUCGAACCCUCUAUCUUAGCACUAACCACGCUCAAACACUAACCAGCUUGUCUCUUAAAUUCGACCUGAUUUUCAUCCUAAAUCUGCAGCUGAUGGAUUCACGCUGGGCCAGUAUUUUCUGCAGCAACCCUUAUUUGCCACGCACGCCCUACCAGCCUAUAUGUAAACACAUGUCGUGUCCCCACUUUAUUGUAGAUACAACUAUUGUACAUUAUCUGUUGCGAGAGAAUGAGUCUAGAGUGUGUAUCGUAUGGGAUUUCCCCUGCACCGCGACGUAUAUAUGCGCCGUGCCCAAAGCGCCAAAGAAUGAAAUAUUAGUACAAGUUAUGUUUACAAUAAUCGCCCAAACGAAUGCUCUUAACGUACUUUUGAAGACGCAACAACUACUUAUGGGGCGAUGGUUUAAAAGUCGCCUUUUUGCGUGAAAAGUUUAGUUAGAAAUAUCCUUCGUUGUCUCUUGUGUGAUAACACCCCUGAUUGUUGCUGUGACGUGCCCAAACUACGUACGAUGUAUCAACCCCACUUGAAGACCUACACGACCAUACGACCUCUUGUGGUCGCUACAUUGUUGUCAAGUUCCCGUAUCGGUGUCUAGUGAAUGCUUCGCUGUUACCAAAAUAAAUUCAUUAUGUUUGUGAAA